CCCUCGCCAGCCUCCCACCCACCUAUACCCACCUAUACCCACCUACCUGCUGCUGCUGUCGGAUUCUUUUCUCUUCUCUGAUCUGCGGCUGUUAAAUCAUCGUUUGACAUGGCCAAAAGGAAGAUGGAUACCCUUGUGUGGAGCGGGAUGGUGGCACUCAUCCUGCUGUGUAAUCUGACCAAGGUGUUUGUGGAGGCGAGCCUGGAGGUGAAUGAAACCCAGCAGCAGCAUCCCACCAACGUCUACCACGAGAUCAAAAUCACCAGGAACAAGAUCAUCACGGCGCAGUUCGAGUGCUAUCAAAAGAUAAUGAAGGACGAUCCCGAAGGACGGCAAGAGCCCAUGUGUAAUCGCACCUGGGAUGGCUGGCUGUGUUGGGACGACACCGAUGCCGGGGUGAACUCCGAGCAGCACUGCCCCGACUACUUCCAUGAUUUUGAUCCUUCAGAGAUCGUCACAAAGAUCUGCACCGACAGCGGCCAAUGGUUCCUUCACCCGGAGAGCAACCGGACGUGGACCAACUUCACCCGCUGCAAUGAGCACACCAAUGAAGGCCGAGUGACUGCGAUGAAUCUCUUCUACUUAGCUCUCAUAGGACACGGCCUGUCGCUGACCUCCCUCUUCGUCUCCCUGGGGAUAUUCUUCCAUUUCAAGAGUUUAAGUUGCCAAAGGAUCACGCUUCACAAAAACCUCUUCUUCUCCUUCGUCCUGAACUCUGUGAUCACCAUCAUUUGGUUGACGGCGGUGGCAAACAACCAGGAGCUGGUGCAGAGGAAUCCAACCAGCUGUAAGGUGUCCCAGUUCAUUCACCUGUACCUGUUUGGCUGCAAUUACUUCUGGAUGCUGUGCGAGGGGAUCUACCUGCACACGCUCAUCGUGGUGGCGGUGUUUGCUGAGAAGCAGCACCUGAUGUGGUACUAUCUCUUAGGCUGGGGCUUUCCUCUCAUUCCAGCUUCCAUUCAUGCCUUUGCUCGAAGCUACUACUACAACGACAACUGUUGGAUCAGCUCCAAGACGUCGCUGCUCUACAUCAUCCACGGUCCCAUCUGCGCCGCUCUUUUGGUCAAUUUGUUCUUUCUGCUUAACAUUGUGCGAGUGCUCAUCACCAAACUGAAGGUGACCCACCAAGCGGAGUCCAGUCUCUACAUGAAAGCCGUGAGGGCCACCCUCAUCCUGGUGCCCCUUCUGGGAAUCCAGUACGUCCUGCUCCCCUACAAGCCAGAGGGACGGGUGUCCUCCGAGAUCUACGACUACAUCAUGCACAUCCUGAUGCAUUACCAGGGUCUGCUGGUGGCCACCAUCUUCUGCUUUUUCAACGGAGAAGUCCAAGCGGUUCUGAGGAGGAACUGGAACCAGUAUCACAUCCAGUUCGGAAGCAGCGUAGGAAACCACUCGGAUGCCCUGCGCUCGGCCUCCUACACGGCUUCCUCCAUCACGGAGGUGCAGGGUUGCUACAGCAUCGACGGCCACACAGAACACAUGAACGGCAAAGGCUGCCACGAGUCCGACGCCUCGAUUUUAAAGUCCGACAACCCGUUCGCCUGACCGCAGCGCUCCUCCCGGCGCCCCCUGCCCACCCUCAUUCCCCCCACCUUUUAAAAACUGCAGCAUGUUUGGGGCGCAGUGUCAAACAGGUGAAACUCGCCUCUUCUUUUAGAUACGUGGGAAGCAAUGAGUGAGGAAAUGGAUUGUGUACCCUGGAUCUCAACCACAUUGAAGGAAACCUCUCUGUCACACCGACACAGAGCCUUUUAACAGUACUGUACGGUGAGCUCGAUACAAAUAUUCCUGCGCUGCGUUUUGUCUACAAUUUGACACUGAACUACUUCACUUGACCUAAGAUGCAUUCUGAUAAUCACAAUGUUGUUGCAAACCUUUCUGCCUAACAAAAAAACGUUUUUAAAUGGAUGAAUAUUAACUGCUUGACUAUCCUUUUUAGGGGUCAUGUUGUGCACAAAAAAAAAGCCUUUGGUUACACUGUACAUUUUUUGACAUGGUUAGUGCCAAACCGAGAAAUCCUUGCUUGCUUCAUUUAUUUUCAUUGUUUAUUUUUCAAAAACAGAAUUAGAACGAAGAUAGGACGUCUAACAGGUGCAUAAUAAUAUAUCACGGCUAUAUUAUACCUUUCACAUGUUAAAACAUAAUUUAUCUGAACGUAUAAUUGUUUAUUGAAUGAAAAAAGUAAUAAAUACCAUACAGUAUUUAUUGAAGUUUCAAAAUUAGUCAAAUAUGACUCGCUGCCAGCUUCAUGUAAAUGUGCUAUGUAUUUCUUGUUUGUUUCAGUGUAUGUUUCUACGUGUGCAGUUAAUGCAGAUGAUUUACGGAAUCAUACCGUUAGCUUGCAAGCUUAAUUUUUUUAGAAAUGUUAUCAUGCUCAUGUUUCAGCGUGUUUGAGUGAUCCUUGGUGACCUGUGCAUCCUGUAAACCACAUGAUAGGUUGUAAUUUAACUUGCUGACGCAAUAUUAUCACCAGCAAAGCCAUCUUUAAAUCAUGUACUCCAAUAUCCACCAAUCACACUUGAAUGUAACAGUGAAGUUAGCAGACUUGGCACUCAACAGACACGUAUCACAUUCCCCUUCACUGCUCUCUAAAGCCUUACUCCUCUGAGAUUCUUUUGAUAUAACCACCCGAUAAGCAUUACCAUGUGUUCAGACCGAAAACAGCACCAUGUUCAAAAUGCAGGUAAUGAAAUAUGAUCCAGCAAUACCAGUUUGAGUGAUACACCUAUGACUUUUGAAGGAUAUGUUUGGAUUUUCCAGGUCCUUUUUAAUACAAUACUCAUAUACUAUUUAAAGAGUUAUUGGCUGCUUAAUUAUUUCCCUCCAUCAUAGUGAAACUACAUCGUAAGGACAGAAUCCACAGUCCUUGGGAGGAGAAAAAACUAGAAAAGAAGUUUGGCCCAUGCUAAUGUUGUUAAUCAAAUCAAGUGAGUAACGUUACUUAGUGCGGACAUUGCAUGACAAAUAAUAUACCGUUUGGGCUAAAAUAACUUUGAAAGUAAUGUUACCUAGUGGGGACGUUAGGUGACAAAUAAGACACCGUUUGGGCUAAAAUAACUUUGGAGUUAACGUUACCUAGUGCGGACGUUAGGUGACAAAUAAGACACCGUUUGGGCUAAAAUAACUUUGAAAGUAACGUUACCUAGUGCGGACGUUACGUGACAAAUAAGACACCGUUUGGGCUAAAAUAACUUUGGAAUUAACGUUACCUAGUGCGGACGUUACGUGACAAAUAAGACACCGUUUGGGCUAAAAUAACUUUGAAAGUAACGUUACCUAGUGCGGACGUUAGGUGACAAAUAAGACACCGUUUGGGCUAAAAUAACUUUGGAGUUAACGUUACCUAGUGCGGACGUUACCUGACAAAUAAGACACCGUUUGGGCUAAAAUAACUUUGGAAUUAACGUUACCUAGUGCGGACGUUACGUGACAAAUAAGACACCGUUUGGGCUAAAAUAACUUUGAAAGUAACGUUACCUAGUGCAGACGUUAGGUGACAAAUAAGACACCGUUUGGGCUAAAAUAACUUUGGAGUUAACGUUACCUAGUGCGGACGUUACGUGACAAAUAAGACACCGUUUGGGCUAAAAUAACUUUGGAGUUAACGUUACCUAGUGCGGACGUUACGUGACAAAUAAGACACCGUUUGGACUAAAAUAACUUUGAAAGUAACGUUACCUAGUGCGGACGUUAGGUGACAAAUAAGACACCGUUUGGGCUAAAAUAACUUUGAAAGUAACGUUACCUAGUGCGGACGUUACGUGACAAAUAAGACACCGUUUGGGCUAAAAUAACUUUGGAGUUAACGUUACCUAGUGCGGACGUUACGUGACAAAUAAGACACCAUUUGGGCUAAAAUAACUUUGGAGUUAACGUUACCUAGUGCGGACGUUAGGUGACAAAUAAGACACCGUUUGGGCUAAAAUAACUUUGGAAUUAACGUUACCUAGUGUGGACGUUACGUGACAAAUAAGACACCGUUUGGGCUAAAAUAACUUUGAAAGUAACGUUACCUUGUGCGGACGUUACGUGACAAAUAAGACACCGUUUAGGCUAAAAUAACUUUGAAGGUAACGUUACCUAGUGUGGACGUUACGUGACAAAUAAGACACCGUUUGGGCUAAAAUAACUUUGGAGUUAACGUUACCUAGUGCGGACGUUACGUGACAAAUAAGACACCGUUUGGGCUAAAAUAACUUUGAAAGUAACGUUACCUUGUGCGGACGUUACGUGACAAAUAAGACACCGUUUGGGCUAAAAUAACUUUGAAAGUAACGUUACCUAGUGCGGACGUUACGUGACAAAUAAGACACCGUUUGGGCUAAAAUAACUUUGGAAUUAACGUUACCUAGUGCGGACGUUACGUGACAAAUAAGACACCGUUUGGGCUAAAAUAACUUUGGAAUUAACGUUACCUAGUGCGGACGUUACGUGACAAAUAAGACACCGUUUGGGCUAAAAUAACUUUGGAGUUAACGUUACCUAGUGCGGACGUUACGUGACAAAUAAGACACCGUUUGGGCUAAAAUAACUUUGGAGUUAACGUUACCUAGUGCGGACGUUACGUGACAAAUAAGACACCGUUUGGGCUAAAAUAACUUUGGAAUUAACGUUACCUAGUGCGGACAUUACGUGACAAAUAAGACACCGUUUGGGCUAAAAUAACUUUGAAAGUAACGUUACCUAGUGUGGACGUUACGUGACAAAUAAGACACCGUUUGGGCUAAAAUAACUUUGGAAUUAACGUUACCUAGUGCGGACGCUACCGACGCAAACUGUACAUUACAUCACCUGUCCUGGCUCACAAUACAAAUUGAUUACGCGGAUUACUUUUGACUGUACGACAACAGCCGUACACGGCAUGCGAGUAUUGUGUUGAGAUAGAUUUGAGAAAAUCCAAACCCGUCCUUCGGGACUUAUGAAACACCAAGACACCAGGGAGUCGUAACACCAUGAGGAAAUAUUCUGCAACUGUGAGUUGCAGACCGUGGUGAAAAUACUUGUAUCCUCCGUCUCCUCGGAUUGUGAGGUGGACAUUCCUGAAAUGCAUUUGCACCUGUUUGGUGGGCCAGAUGCAGUGUGUCUCCAGAUGUUGCUGGAUUUUAUUUCAGCGAAAUUUGAGUCAGGAUUUGACUUUUUUUUUCGGCAGGGCGAGUUGACCUCGUUAGAAUAAACGAGGGAGAUGCGUUUUUUUUUAUAGCGCUAAUGUCAGUCUGAACACACGCCUUAUUCAGAGGUGAUGAUAUUAUCAGGUCUCACAAGAAACUGUGCAAAAAAAAUAGUUCUGCAAGAAACAUUCUUUGUAAAGCAUUUAGCUGAAGUGUGUAAUCCGAUGUAAUAUUUUCGUUGUAAUUCUAGCGUGUCUGAGAAGAGGGGAAGUUGAACAUAUGUGUGUGUGUGUGUAUUCAUGAUUUAUAUAUACAGUAUUUAUGAGUACCUUUUAUAGUCUGACGCAUAUUCAACCACGAAGCGACCGUCUUUAUGUGACUGCGUGUGGGACGUUGAUACAGAAGUUGUUUUGUUCUACUUAUUUUUUUAAAAAGGGAGGGUGUGAAAUAGCUUGCAACAAGCUACUCUGUCUGCCCCGCCCAUACUUUUUUUUUUUUUGCCAAUCAUCUGUCACCGUUUUCCUUUUUUGCCUGUAUUUGAAAGUGAAGAAAGAAAAGAAAAAAGUAUCACUGCCUGUCUUGUGUGAGUUGUUGGUGCCAUAUUUACCGGAACAUAUUUACCUAAAACAAACAAAUCGGCGAUUCCGAUAAGCGAGGACCCACAUUCACCGUUCCAAAGGGCGUGUUUUCUUUACUCUUUCAAAGAGUAUAUUGAAAACAAAACACAAUUUUCCACAUUUUUCUAUUUUUUAUUUUUCCAAAUCAGAUAUUUUUUUCUUUUGUAAUAUUUUCAUUCUUUCGUUAACACGACCGUGACGGUUUUACACCAUUUGAGUCCACACUUUUAACAGGUAAAGAUGAAAGCACAGGAGUCUAGUCUCAAUAUUCUCAGCAACAAGUCGUCAUCACACAUACAGUUUGUACUUUUUUUUAAUGUCAGAUCUGCGGGACAGUUUCUCCGUUUAAUCGUAAAGACGGAUAUCGCGUGUUGGCCGUCACAGAGCUCUGAUUUGCAAGCAAGCGAUUUGUUGUACGAUGAAGUCUUCGUGAGUCGAGUCGUUUAUUGUGAAGCGAUGCAUCGCAAUCUUUUAUGAAGCCGCGGCGAUUUCAUCACAACUAUGGAAAAAAGCCAGCGGCUUCUGGCAAAUGUGUGAACUCAUUUGUGGUAUUUUUGGUUGUGUACAGUAUUUUCAUGUACGAUAUUGGAGUUUCCCUGUGACACUUUGGUGACACGUUGUAAAAGUACGACGAAAGCAUCGAAUUUUACUGUACUGUAACUUUGUAGUUCUGCCACAUUGACUCCUCACUGUUUGAAUGUAACUGGUUGUUUUAUGUAUAUAUAAAUAUACGUUUAUAUAUAUAUAUAUAU